AUGAUCAUUAUGGCACGUCCUUCGGUCCAGGUAUUGGUUUACAUUACCAAUCGCUUAACCGAAAAAAUAUUGAUUGUGCAUUGUCGAUCCAGAGACGACGACCUCGGAGCCCAUGCUGUCGCCGUCGGGGCAACCUUCCACUGGAGCUUCAAUGAUAAUUUCUUUGGCAAGACACUUUUCUGGUGCAAACUCGCGGUUGAAGAUAAGCGUAUUUCUUUCGUGGCGUACGAGGCACACGUCGAAACUUUCGGGCAAUGGGUUGUUCGUGAUGAUGGAGUUCAUGGGACGCCCUUUCGUCGUCCGACCUUUUUGAAGGCUGGAUGGAGGCGACCAUAA